AUCAGAUUUAAGAUUGCAACGGACUGUUAGGACAGCAGAAAGGAUCAUUGGUGUGCACCUGCCCAGUCUUCAGGACUUGUACAACUCCAAAGUAAAGAAACGGGCAGCUGUGAAACGGUGAAAGAUGAUGACCUGCUUCUGAAGUCGCUGGAGGAAUUGGUCAAAGAAGAUCUGAAGAAGUUUCAGUGGCACUUAAAGAAACAUGAGUGUAUAGCAACGUCUGAAAUGGAGGAUGCAGAUUGAUUAAAAACAGUGGAUAAGCUGGUGGCGUGUUUUGGACCAGAAGAAGCUGUGCAGAUCACAGUCGGCAUCCUGAAGAAUAUGGAACAGAACAAACUGGCUGUGCAGCUGGAGAAAAAACACAAGCAAGCUGAUAAAUCUCCAGUCCAGAUAAGAAGCUGUGCUCAGCCUGGAGCCAAUGUUGUUGAAGUGAAAGCUGAAACAGGUGCAAGUGUAAAUGCUCCUGUACUCACUGGAAGCACCUUUACUGGACCAGAAAACUUCAUCUACAGCUCACAUGCUGCAGGAAACGAUAAACACAAAUGCUCAGAGACAGCAGAGAAUAACAGAGAAAAACAAGGUAAACCUUUCAUGCUCAGCUGCAGAGUACAGUGGAGCUACUCAUGGAAGGACAAGUUAAAACAGCACUGUGAGCGGAUAUUGGUUGGUAAUUCUCAGACGGGUCAUAAUAAAUACCUGGACGAUGUUUACACUGAUUUAUAUGUGGUGGAGAAUCAGACUGGAGGAAGAACGAAUGAACACGAGGUGAUACAGAUCGAAUCAAAUCACAACCAACUGACUGCAAAGGACACGCAGAUCCAGUGUAAUGACAUGUUCAAAGACCAUAUGGGUCGACAAAACAGAAAAGUGCUGACAGUGGGGAUUGCAGGAGUGGGAAAAACUGUCUCUGUCAAUAAAUUCAUCCUUGACUGGGCUAAAGGAAAAGAAAAUCAAGAUAUAGUCUUCAUUUUUCCACUCCCAUUCCGUGAACUGAAUUUGAUUAAAGAGGAGUACAGUCUCAUGGGAUUGCUUCACAGAUGCUGCUUUAGUGGCCUUAAAGAGCUGACAUCUCUUCCUGAAGAUGGCAAUAAGGUCAUGUUCAUCUUUGAUGGGCUGGAUGAAUGUCGCUUCACUUUGAGCUUUGAAGAGGGUGACUGCUUUACAGAUGUUAAUAAGAAAACCACAGUGAGUAAUAUAGUUACAACCCUAAUCAAGAAUCAUCUGGUUCCCUCUGCUCUCAUCUGGAUCACAUCCAGACCAGCAGCAGUCAGUCUGAUACCCCGAGAAUACAUUGAUCAGGUGACAGAGGUACGAGGAUUCAAUGAUGAGCAGAAAGAGAAGUACUUCAUCAAAAACAGCAGUCCUGAGGUUGCUGAAAACAUCAUCCGUCACAUCAGAAAAUUCAGAAGUCUGUACAUCAUGUGUCACAUCCCGGUCUUCUGCUGGAUCUCUCUCACUGUUCUUCAGCCUCUGCUGGUUCGAGAGAGCAAUGACAAAACACCCACAACCCUCACAGGGAUGUACACAAACUUUUUACUUUCUCAGAAGCAACAGAUGAAAACAAAAUAUUGCAAGGAUCCUAAGGUUAAAGUCAUAUCUUUUGAUGAGAUUAUUCUGAAGCUUGGGAAACUGGCCUUUAAACAACUACAGAAAGGUAAUCUGAUUUUCUACAAAGAAGAUCUUGAGAAGUGUGGACUAGAUGUCAAUGAAGGGACUGUGUACUCUGGGUUAUGGACCCGGAUGUUUCAGGAGGAAAAAUCUAUGUCAGAGAGAAACGUUUACAGCUUCGUACAUCUCAGCAUCCAGGAAGUCCUCGCUGCUCUCUAUGUGUUUUAUAUUAACAAAAACAAGAAAGCAAACCCAUUUCUUAAAUCCUGGAAAAAACUGAUACGUAUGCUGUCCAAAAAGCCACUGUUUGAACUUCAUAAAGCUGCAGUCAAGAAGGCUUUACAAAGUGAGAAUGGACACCUGGACCUUUUCCUCCGAUUCCUCCUGGGUCUUUCACUGGAGUCCAAUCAGAGAGACCUGAAGGAACUACUGCCAGGACUGGAGCUCAAAACAGAGGACACCAAAGAGACUGUUGACUAUAUCAAAAAGAAAAUAGAGAAGGAGAAAUCAACAGAGAGGACCAUCAAUCUCUUCUACUGUCUGAAUGAACUGAAAGAGGAGUCUGUGGAGGAAAUCCAGAAGAAUCUGAGCUCUGGAAAACUUUCAGAGCAGAAUCUCUCCUCUGCUCAGUGGUCAGCUCUGGUGUUUAUGCUCCUCAUGUCAGAAGAGACUCAGGAGAAGUUUGAACUGAAGAAAUACAGAAGAUCUGAUGAAGCACUGAUGAGACUGCUGCAAGUCAUCAAAAACACCAGAAGAGCACUGCUACAGUGCUGUAAUCUCACUGCUCAGUCUUGUGAGACUUUGACACCAACUCUACAGUCAUCAAACUCCUUUCUGAGAGAGCUGGACCUGAGCAACAAUGACCUGCAGGAUUCUGGAGUGAAGCUGCUUUCUGAAGGGCUGAAGAGUCCAAACUGUCAGCUGGAGAUUCUGAGGAUGUCAGGCUGUAUGGUGACAGAGGAGGGAUGUUGUUAUGUGUCUUCAGCUCUGACUUCACACCCCUCAUGCUUGAGAGAGCUGGAUCUAAGCUACAAUCACCCUGGAGAUUCAGGAGUCAAGCUGCUCUCUGAAAAACUGGAGGAUCCAAACUGCUCACUGAACAAAAUCAAUGUGGAUCAUGCAGGAGAAUCCAGGAUUACAGCAGGACUACAGAAAUGGGUCUGUUUUCUCACACUGGAUCCAAACACCGCAAACACUGAACUCAUUCUGUCUGAGGAGAACAAAAAGGUGACAUGUGUGAGACAGAUACAGCCGUAUCCUGAUCAUCCAGACAGAUUUGAUGUGUGUGAGCAGGUGUUGUGUAGAGAGAGUGUGUGUGGGCGCUGUUACUGGGAGAUUGAGUGCAGUAGUGUUGUGUGUAUAUCAGUGUCAUAUAAGAGCAUCAGCAGGAAGGGAGCGGGUGUUGAGUGUUUGUUUGGAUUUAAUGAUCAGUCCUGGAGUUUGCUCUGCUCUUCCUCCAGUUACUCAUUCAGACACAAUAUCAAAGAGACUCAUAUCCCUGUAAAGUCCAUCAGCAGCAGAAUAGGAGUGUACAGUGAUGAUGAUGAUGAUGAUGAUGAUGAUGUCAGUAGAAUAGGAGUGUAUGUGGAUCACAGUGCAGGAACUCUGUCCUUCUACAGCGUCUCUGACACAAUGAGUCUCAUCCACACAGAACAGAGCACAUUCACUCAGCCGCUCUAUCCUGGGUUUACUGUUUAUUAUGAAUCAUCAGUGAAACUGUGUUGA